AUGAAGAAGAAAAGUCGGAAGUCUACGGAGUCGGCUAUGGAGAGUGUCGACUGGACGGACGCUGAAAAGUGCGGGUCGGCGACAGCAGACGCGCGGGGUUUAGACAGCGAACUCCGGAAUGCACAGAAGAAGAAACGGAGAGCUGGAGAAAAAGAACGCCUUCAAGACGAUCCAAAUCCGGCACCGUCUCAGCAUCUGAGCCUGCCCACAGAGACACUUCGUUCCAGGUCCCCCAGCGCCACUUCUUCUCGUGCUUCCUCGCCCUCGUCUCAUCUCUCUUCUCAGCAGGGAACGAAGGCCGCUCCAGCUGACGACGAAGGGCCGGCUCUCUCCGAUGCCGUUUCGAAGCAAGUGAAUAGAAAAAACACCUCGUGGCGCGUGGGCGGAGGAAGUAUCGUCCACAGAGCCUCCGCGUUCUUGUGCGGCGGGAAGGUUCUUGCCACUCCAAGAGGCGAGGACUUCGUCGCAGAAGGACACGACAAAGCCGGCGCAUGCACGAGAGAGCUCUGCUUCUUCUCGGCGAAAACGGGACGGCUUCUCUACGUCACACGUGGGCACUCAGACACGAUCACGUCUGUCGUCGCUCUUCCGCCAAACGCGUCUCCGCACCUCCCGUCGUCUCUCGCGCUCUCUGCUUCCCUCGACGGCUCCCUCUGUCUCUGGUCAGUUCCAGUCCACCCUCUCCUGCCCUCGUCGCCCUCAUCUGCUGACUAUUUGUUGCACCGAAUCCACGUGGGAUUCUCCGUCCUUUCGGCGGCAUGCGCUCCUGGAUCACGCGAGGUCUUUCUUCUCGUGCAAGGCGAGCGCGAAGCGCAGAGGUCUGCCUCUGCGCCCCGCCCUGCUCCCACCUACGCUGUAUGUACGCUCUCGUUGGGCUCGGUCCUCGCGCCGCCCCCAAAGAGCCAGCUGUGUUCUGCUCUCUCGGGCGCCUCUCCGCAGUUCCGCCUCCACCCGCAAAUUCUCUUUUCUCUCUCGCUUCCGCCGACUGCCUUCUGCGUGAGCCGCAGCGGGGCCUUCGUCGCCGUCACCUCCGGGAAGCGCUUGCUCCUGUUCUCGCGUCAACUCGACCGCCUCCUCCCGCUUCGGCACGUCGACCGCCUGGUCCAGGUGUCGAUACACCCGACGGACGACUUUGUCGUCGCCGGUGACCGCAUUGGGCGCAUUUUGGCCUUUUUCUGUCUCAACGAUCUUGGCCCGUUUCUGUCUCUGGGGGUGGAUGUGAGCGCGCGUCGCGCCGUCGGCGAACCCGGAGACGCCGGCAAGGGCGAAGCUCCAGAAGGAAAGACCAAGAAAGACGCGAAACAGAACUCGACUCAGCGACACGCCACGUCCCGGCUGCUGCCUCCGCCUCUCAAUCUCUCCUCGUCGCUGGCCUCUGGGAUCUCGACCGAUGGCGGGGCUCAGACUUCAGCCCUCUCUGCGUCCGGCAAGAAAAGCGCGAGCUCUGCUUCGCUGUCUCCCGUGAUUCUCCACUGGCAUGCUCAUGCAGUUACGGCGCUGGCCUUCUCCGCCGAUGGGAUGUUGCUCCUCUCCGGGGGCGAGGAAGGCGUCCUGGUACUCUGGCACAUCCGCCAAGCCUUCCACCGCCAAUUUCUCCCUCGCCUCGGCGCACCAAUCUUCCACAUCUCCUCACUCGCUCCUCUCGACGCGAACGCGGAGGGAUCCGAGAGAGUCGCUGUCAGCUGCGGAGACAACUCCGUGAAGCUCGUCGACCUCGUCCACUUCCAGGUCUCCAAAGUCGUCCAGGGCGUCGAUCUCCCGCUCGCUGCCUUCGCCUACGCUUCGGCGAGCUUCUCCGCGGGCCACAGCGCGAUCGCCCACGCGCGCGCGAGCGAAGGCUCCACGCAGACCCCCGCCGUGUGCGCGGCGUGUCGCGCCGCUGCACGCGGAGGCGACGCCUUGCGCAACGGCGAGAGAAAGCCUCGGCCGGACAACGACGGCGAAGAAGAGAAGAAGCCAGCUGGGAAUCCGGAUCGAGAGACCGAGCCGGGCGUCUGCUGUUUCUGUGGCGACAAAGCCAACUCAACCGCGACGCGCGCUUCCGUGCCUUCUCUUCCGUCUCUCUUCUCACGUUUCGAGCACGCUUCCUCGUCCUCGGUUCCUCCGAUUGGGUUCGCACCUUCUCCCGCUUCGCGCGGAGGCCUCGUCCUUUCUCCCCUUCUUCCUCUGUCUCUUUCGAGGGCUCGCCAGCAGGCGGCUCAGCAGCACCUGGCCGUGCCUACCUUUCUGCGUCGCGCGUCGGCGGAGACGCGAAGGUACAGAGACUCCGCCGAGGAAGGCGUCCGACUGGCGGGGUCUGUGCAAUCGAAACACGCAGCAAGGGAGCGGAACUGGAUGCUCCUGUUCAGUAGCGAUGCAGCCCGAUUGCAGGUGUACGAUGCCGAGCAGGACAAACACGUGCUCCACCUCCCCGUCAGGCCCCAACGCAUGUACACCUCGCGGGUCGAUGACGCCUUCUCGGCCUCGCAGUGGGAGGUCCGGUUCGCCGCAGCCGAUGUCUGCGGCAGCAGCUUGGCUGUCGUCGAGAGCCGGGGCGCGUCGACGGCAGUCGGAGAAGCUCUGCUUGGAGCCCAAGGCCCCCGGGGCGCGACCGGAGACGCCGAGUCGAGCAUCCGCAGGAAGCGCAUCGAGGACGCCGCCGUCGCAGAUGGCCGCUGCCACAGCAUCACCUUCUGGGUCUUUGACGCUGGCGACAAGGACGGAAAGGGAGACGAAGCGGGGACGUUCACCGUGAAGACGCGCGUCGACGACUUUCACGUCAACGAGGUCACAGCACUCCAGCCCCACACGCGCGAUCCCCGCUUCUUCUUCACGCUGUCCCUGGACACGUACUUCAAAGCCUGGCGGGAAGUUGUCCCUUCGUCUUCGUCUUCCGCGCCUUCCUUUUUCGCGUGCAUCUUGGAAGGUUCUUACCGCGGCCUGGCGCCGCUCUCCUGUUCCCUCUCGCUGGAUGCCUCUCUCCUCGCCAUUGCCCACGGCGGGUCUCUCAUCACUCUCUGGAAGGCUUCGUCGUUCGUCCUUUCUCAGUCGCUUCGCCUCCCUCAAGCAGCCACGCUGCGUUCAAUGGCGGCUGUAUGUGCGGGGGAGACACGCGACCGCGCAACGGCGACGCAAACACUCGCGAAAGGAAGCGACGCGCGAGUCGAGGAAGAAGCCGGCACUGAGUUUUGCGACAAAGUCGCUCUCUUGGAGACGGCGUACGGCCUCUUCCUCGUUGCGGGCACGACUACAUGCGUCAUCUUGUACGACCUCCUCUCUCUCAAUAUCUGCUGGGUGAAGACAUUCUAUGAUGACGGCGGCAUCGUUGACUUCCUCUUCGUCGAGCCGGGCGGAGGCAUGCGUUUCUCAGUCGUCCUCGCGAAACUCACUGCGCCUCCCGCCGACGAGGGAGAAUGCUUACGUGCAGAAACUGGAAAAGCGAGCGAUGGCGAGCGAACGAGAGGCCACGCGAAGGCAGCAGUGGAAGGUGACCGCGACACCCAGACCGUGCCGACUUCUGUCUUCCCCUCCCACGAGCUGCGCAUCUUCACCCUCUCGCACCAGCCGUGCGAUAGCCGAGACACACAGGCCGAAGGCAUGACGAAGAAGAAAAAGAAAAGCGGAGGCGAGAGGGAACUCAGCGAGAAAGUCGAAUUGCCCCUGCUUCCGCUUCUCGGGCCUCUUGAAUCGAGCGGCGACCGCAGAGAGGACAUGGAGGCAGGACACGGCGGAUCUGGGGUGUACGUACACUGCGUGUGGCAACAGGAAAGGAAACGUUUGGGGGAAGCGAUUCUUGCAGGCUGCUUUCUGCCUCCGUCCUCGGCCUCGCCACUCGAGGCUGCGAUCCAAAACUCAGAAGAAAGCGUUCUCAUGUUGCUGAAUGCCCGGUUCCAACUGGAAACGAUUCGCGUGCCUGCUGGCGCUGUCUCUCCUCCCUCGUCGAGUGUAGGUACACCUCAGGUCGGGGACGUUGUCGAUCUUUUUGAAGAGCCCGGAAAAGAGGGCAUGCAGACGAAGAGGAAGCUUCAGCAGCUUCUGCAGGUGGAGCGGGCGAAAUCACGCAGAGAAGUUGAGGAUGUGUCUGGCGACAGCGACAAGAAGCCUAACACACGCCUGGGGGCUUCGCGAGUCUCCGACGUUGCACCGCUCUUCUGCCAAGCGAUGGCGAAGGCCAAGCGGGAGAAGACUCAGAUUCAUGGGCCUUUCGGGGACCGUGAGUCGGCUGACCUCGCCACGCCCGCCCCUGGCGUGCUCGUGCAGAGACUGCUGGGCCACGCGCGCGAGGGAGAGAGCGACGACGAACCGAGUGAAGAAGACGCAGAUGGAAAGGCGCUGUGCGGUCAGCUGCUCGCGGCGACGCAAGACCGCGAGGAAGAGGAACCGGGACGGAAAAAGCAAAGACGAGAUCAUUCGAGAACUGCGGAGCUGGACAGACUUCGAGGGGACGCAGACGAUCUUCGCGCCCGAGAUGAGCAAGCGACGAUCAAACGCGCGCCGAAGCGCCUCCUUGCCUCUCUCGUUGCGUCGAUGGAUGAAUCCGCGGAUGAAUCGGAUUGA